AUGGCAAAUGACUUGCAACAACUUGCUUUAAUUGAAAAAACUUUACAUCUUAAUUAUUUACGAGAUUUUCGUGUUGAACAAUGUCAACUAUUUCUUCAACAUAAAUGCACACAACAUCGACCUUUUUCAUGUUUUUAUUGGCAUUUUCAAAAUCAACGACGUCGUCGUCCAUUUCGACGACUAGAUGGAACAUUUUCUUAUGAUCCUGAUUUUUAUUGUAACAACUAUGAUGAACAAUCUGGUAUUUGUCCAAAUGGUGAUGAUUGUCCACUCUUACAUCGAAAUGCAAAUGAUACAGAGAAACGUUAUCAUUUGCGAUAUUAUAAAACAGGUUUAUGUACACAUGAAUCUGAUGCAAAAGGACACUGUCUUAAAAGUGGUCCUCAUUGUUCAUAUGCUCAUGGUGCAACUGAUUUACGACAACCAAUACUUGAUAGUCGAGAAAUGCAGAAUAAUGAUUUAGCUUUAGAAAGACUUGCAAGAUUAUGUAUCAGUUUGGAAAAUGAACGAGCUUUAAAUGAUGAUCCAAAGUGGAGUGAUUCUCAUUAUGUACUUGCUAAUUAUAAAACUGAACCAUGUAAACGUCCUCCUCGUCUCUGUCGACAAGGCUAUGCUUGUCCACAAUAUCACAAUCCACGUGACCGUCGUCGUAAUCCAUCGAUAUUUAAAUACAAAUCGACACCAUGUCCACAUGUAAAACAAAACGAUGAAUGGAUUGAUCCAACUGUAUGUGAAUCUGGUGAUGGUUGUAAAUAUUGUCAUACACGUACUGAACAACAAUUUCAUCCAGAGAUUUAUAAAUCAACUAAAUGUAAUGAUGUUUCAAUGACAAUCUAUUGUCCACGAGGACCAUUUUGUGCUUUUGCUCACAUUGAACAAGAAUUAAAAUCCUAUCGAGACUUUGAUCUUCAUUAUACAAAUGAAUUACCAUUAUCAUCAUUUAUCCCAAUACCGGAAGACAAAGAAGUUGGAAUUCUCGAUACAUUAUCAACAACGAGAAACAUUCCAAAAAAAUUAUCUCAACCAUCUCUAUAUGAUAUUGAAUCAUUUUCAUGCGCUGCUAAAAACGCAUUUGAUAGACAUUCAGCAAGAUCAACUAAUUCUUCGAAUGGACCAUUUACAAUGCAAGAAAUGCUUUCAAAACUAUCUCCGCAGCAACCAUUUUACGAGCCUUCUCGAGUAUCAGCGCCAUCAUUUCUAAAUGAUCAAUUUCUUUUAUCAGCUGCUGCAUUAGCUGCUAGCCAUUCCUAUCCUCCACCAUCGAGUUUUUUAUCAACAUUAGCAGCAUCAAAUUUACUCUCAUCAAUCAAUGCACAUUUUCAUUCAAUAACAUCCACACCAACAAAUUACUUUGAUGAUAAAAAAGAUUGUCAAGAUCAACAAGUUUUACCAGCUGAUGUCAAAAAUUUAAUAGAAUCAUCAUUAACAGCUAUUGGUUUAGAUCAUGUUGAUGAUAAUGAUUUUGAUAAAGCAGCUACAAACGAACAGAAUACUAAUGAUUUACUCAUUGAUGAUGACAUGGAUAGUUUUGAACGUUCGACAACACCUGCAACAAAUACUACAUCACCAACAAAUUUAUUAACAUCAGCAACGAAUGAAACAACAAGACCAAUGAAUAUUCCAAAUUCAUUUUCAACUGAUUAUUUUUCACAUUCAUCAUCAAUAAAAUCACCUUUCAAUACACCCAAUCAAUUAUUUGAUGAAACUUUAGGAUCGCCCAUUGAUACUCCAUUUCCUGAACCAUCCACAUCAAGCGGUGGGAGUAGUCGACCUGGUGAACUCUAUAAAAUGGCUGGUUUCAGUCAAGAUUUACCUUUAUUGUUUCAGCCAUUACAAUCAACAUCUCCUCAAACAACAUUUCAACGUCUUAAUACACCAAGUACACAUGCAUCCUCAUCUUUAUCAUCUGAAAUUGAUAUGAUGCGAAAUCGUAUAUUACAAAUGCAAAAUUUAGCUACGACUGAAAAAGAGUCAUCGGAAAAUUGGCGUCGUGCAGCGAAAGAUAACUAUCGACUUGCUUUACAACUUGAACACGAUAAAAGUUGUGCUGUACAACAACGAGAUGAAGCACUACAUCAAAUUGAACAAAUGCGUCAAUUAUUUGUACAUAACGUACGUUUAUUACCGAGUGAUCAUGAUUUAACGAAAUUAUCUUUGGAUGAUAUUCGAUCAUUGCAAACGCAACUUCAACAAGAAUUAUCGAAACUGUCGGUGAUUGAACAAGUCAAAUCAAAUAAGGGUCAGCAGACGCCAUCAGCAGAAAACAGUGCGGCAAAGCCAACUACAACUACUUCAUCUUCUCCACAACAUCCCAAAUAA